AUGGUUGUCCAACAGCACGUCCUCAACUGGCUGUACAGCGUCUUGACGAGCGAGUACACUGACGUCCAGCGAACCUACAACGAUGUAGCCCAAGCUCUGUCGCACUACCCGUCGCUCUCGCCGAGGACGGACGUACACACCUUCGACAAUGGCGCAUCGGCUCUCCUCGUCCAUCUCUCGGGCACCAUUCCCAUCGUCUUCAGAGGGCAGACUUACCGAUUCCCGAUAUCGAUAUGGGUGCCUCAUGCAUAUCCCAGAGAGGCCCCUUUGGGCUAUGUUACCCCAACUGAGUCCAUGAUGAUCAGGCCAGGUCAACAUGUUGAUCCUCAAGGGCGCAUAUACCAUCCGUAUCUGGCGGGGUGGGCCGAAUUCUGGGAUAAAUCCUCGAUACUCGACUUCCUUGCGAUAUUGCGCGACAUCUUCGCCAAAGAGCCACCGGUGAUCGCGCGACAACAGCCCAGGCCUCCGACACAGCAGGCUAGUCCUACACCAACGCCACCGCCGGUUCCUCCUCUACCUCGAGAGGUCACCCAAAGCAUCGCCCACACUCAAUCGCCCCAUACCCCGGAUGGCCGACCUCCACCGCCUCCUCCCAAAGGUAGUGAUGGUCCACAAGUUGUGCCGGGCCAGGCCAUUAAUGCCAAUACUGGCCCGCCGUUGCCACCGCUACCAACAGGCGCUCAUAGACCGCAAAGUCAAUACGGGUCGCAGCAGCAACAGUCCAACAGGCUGUCCCGGUAUGAUUCUGCUCCGCCUUUGCCGCCCCAGGCCGCUGGAGCACAGCAGAUACCGCACGCAGCUGUGCAGGAAUAUCCACCACAACCUCACUUUCCGCACCACCAUCAACAGCAGCCGGUUGUCGCACAAGCUACUGGUCCACCAGGAUACGUGGCGCAGAUGCCUCCAGGCUCGUCAGUGGCUUCACCAUCGUCGACAACGUCCUACCACAAUCCAAGAGCAUCAUAUGCCGGCCCGCCGGUGAAUUGGCAGCAACAGCAGCAACCUGUUCCACAACAUUUCCAGCCAGUCUCCGUGCAGCCACAAACAAAACGUCCGCCUCCACCUGAUCUCAUGGACGAAGAACCACUAACUUUAGCAUUGCCUUCGCCAUCAAAUCUGCCACCACCGCCCAUUCCCCCAAACCCAGAGAAGGAUGCCUUAUUGCAUCAGCUUGCCGUGACACUACACCAACACCGCCUUCGCGCACGCCAGCAGAACGAAACCUCUCUGGCAGGACUGAACGCUCAGAGAAAUGCCAUGCUUGGGGCACUCCAAAAUAUCCAGACGGACACCAACUCGCUUGCUGCUUUAUCCAACGUCCUCAGCUCGAAUACUGUAGACUUGCAGUCAUCAAUGAAAGAGGCAGAUGUCGUCAUAUCUAACAGUAGACGACAAGCACUUCCCAAUAUCGAUGAUCUAUUGGUUGCGCCUACAGUAGUCGGAAACCAGCUGUAUGAAGUUGUAGCAGAAGAGCGCGCGUUAGGCGAUGCCAUAUUCAUGCUCGGCAGAGCCGUCGAAAGAGGCCGAAUUACCCCGGCUGUGUUUGCAAAGACCACACGAAGCUUGGCAAGAGAAUGGUAUCUCAAGAAGGCAUUGGCCAAGAAGAUUGGACGUGGCAUGGGACUGACGGCCUAA